GAUCAAGCAGGAUUGUCUCAACCCAGACAAACAGGAUAUGGCUGGUGGAUAUACCACUCAGGGUCAGACCUCAACGGAUCUGAUAACUUUUUAGGGCGCACAUGGACCUCAGUUCUAACCCGCGUUUUGGCCAAUGUCGAUCACAACUGAAUAGGAACUGAGGACAUGGUCAUCAAGGCCCAGGUUUUGGCCGGCGGUCGUGGCAAGGGUACCUUCGACUCUGGUCUCAAGGGAGGUGUCCGCACUAUCUUCUCUCCCACCGAGGCAAAGAUGUUCGCUGAUCAGAUGCUCGGACACAAGCUGGUCACCAAGCAGACCGGCGCUGCAGGCAAGAUCUGCAAUGCUGUCUACAUUUGCGAGCGCAAGUACGUCCGUCGUGAGUACUACUUUGCUGUCCUGAUGGACCGCAAGUCCCAGGGCCCCGUCAUGGUCGCCUCUUCUCAGGGAGGUGUCGAUAUCGAGUCCGUCGCUGCCGAGAACCCCGAGGCCAUUCUCCAAUUGCCCAUUGACAUCAACAAGGGCGUCGACCGUGCUGCCGUCCGUGACCUCGCUGAGCGCAUGGGAUUCACCCCCAAGUGCGUCGACCAGGCCACCGACACCAUGAUCAAUUUGUACGAUCUCUUCAUGCAGAAGGAUGCCACCAUGGUCGAGAUCAACCCUAUGGCUGAGUCGGCUGACCACGAAGUUAUCUGCAUGGAUGCCAAGAUCAACUUUGAUGACAAUGCCGAGUUCCGUCAGAAGGACGUUCAUAGCCUUCGCGAUGUCACCCAGGAGGAUCCUCGUGAGGUCGCUGCUGCCAAGUACAACUUGAACUACAUCGGAUUGGAUGGAUCCAUUGGAUGCCUUGUCAACGGUGCCGGUCUUGCCAUGUCGACCAUGGAUAUCAUCAAGUUGCACGGUGGCGAGCCCGCCAACUUCUUGGACGUCGGUGGUGGAGCCACUGCUGAGCAGGUCACUGAGGCCUUCAAGAUCAUCUCGUCUGACCCCCGUGUUACCACCAUUUUCACUAACAUUUUCGGAGGUAUCAUGUCGUGCCGCGUCAUUGCUCAGGGUAUCAUUGCCGCUGCCUCGACUCUCCAGCUUCAGAUCCCCCUUGUUGUCCGUCUCCAGGGCACUGAGGUCGAUGAGGCCAAGAAGUUGAUUGCCGAGUCUGGUCUUCGCAUCAUCACCUCGGACGACUUGGAUGAUGCCGCCAGCAAGUCUGUCAAGCUGAGCAAGAUGGUCAACAUGGCUCGCGAGGCCAAGAUCAACGUCAGCUUCGAGUUGCCUAUUUAAAUGCGCUAUAAUACAACCACAUAAAGAUUCUUCACUACCAUUGUUAAAAUAGCACGUUAAGCAUAGCCGUCCCAUCCACUUGACGAACCCUGUGUUGUGAUUGAAGUCUACUCGUCGAGAAUGAGGUAGUAGGACAGCGUUUCUGCAGACCUUGCAUCAAAACGCGGGGAAUCGUAGUCUUCAGGGCACACCUACAUAGUACACUGCAGUGUGCGAGAA